ACACAACAGCACACAUGAGCCAAGGAGCAUGGGCAGCAGGGUCACCCUUGCACCAUGCUUCAUAAAGGGCGCCGUUACAAUAGGUUUACUGUUACUGUGACGGCUGCCGGGAUACAAUAGGACUGAAUGUACUGGCCUGAUGCUUCUACACUCCUCUCCACUUUUCACUUGAUGACAAGAGGGACAGACUGAGACGGGACAGCAUGUUAUCAGAGGACGCCCCUGAAGUAACCUCGCGGACUAAUGGGGCUUAUACUGCUGAGCCUGAUUCUGCGGUACUGGAUCAACACCGUGGAGGGAUCAUGUUCAGCUGGCAGCGCUGUGACAUGUGACCAGUGUCUGCAGAUCAGUUCCCACUGUGCCUGGUGCACACAGGAGAAUUUCACAGACUGGUUUUCAGUCAGCGAGCGAUGUGACACACCGGAUCGUUUAUUAGAAAAAGGAUGCGCAAGGGACCAGCUGGAGUUCCCUGUUUCCAAAGGCCAAAUCCUGCAGGAUCGUCCACUCGGGAAGAAGACCGGCAACACCAACAGCACUCAGAUCUCCCCACAGAAAAUGGCACUCAAACUUAGACCCGGCAGUCAGGUUACUUUCCAGGUCAAGAUUAAGCACACACAGGACUAUCCGGUGGACAUCUACUACCUGAUGGACCUUUCAGCAUCCAUGGUCGAUGAUCUGGAGACGAUCAAAGACCUGGGUUCCACUCUGUCUAAAGAAAUGUCCACGCUGACUAGUAAAUUUAGAAUGGGCUUUGGAUCUUUUGUGGAGAAACCUGUCCUGCCCUUCAUCAAGAUCACAGAAGAAGAACUCAGCAACCCCUGCAGCAGUGUAGGCUUAACCUGCCUGCCAACAUUCGGAUACAAACACGUCCUGUCACUGACGAGCAGAACGGACAAGUUUAAUGAGAUCAUCAGAAAGCAGCGUGUUACGGCAAAUAUUGAUGUGCCAGAGGGAGGCUUUGAUGCCAUCAUGCAGGCAGCUGUUUGUGGGGACAAGAUAGGCUGGAGGAAUGACUCGAUGCGUUUGCUGGUGUUUGUCAGUGAUGCUGACUCACACUUUGGCAUGGAUAGCAAGAUGGCCGGCAUUGUGAUUCCCAACGACGGGCAGUGUCACCUGGAUGUCAACAACGUAUACUCCAAGUCUACAGUACUGGAGUAUCCCACUCUUGGUCAGCUGAUGGAUAAGGUGGUGGAGAACAAUAUCUUACUGAUAUUUGCUGUGACAGAAAAACAGAAAGACAUUUAUGAGAAUUAUGCAAAUGUCAUACCUGGCGCCACAGUCGGAGUCCUGGCGACGGAUUCGCGGAACGUCCUGGAACUGAUUAUAACAGCAUACAAAGAGCUGCGUUCAGAGAUCGAACUGGAGGUCCUUGGAGAUACCGAGGAGCUCCAGAUGUCCUUUACAGCCAUUUGCCCAAAUGGAAGCGUCCUCCCUGAUAUGAAACACUGCUCCAACAUCAAACCUGGAGAGACGGUAGUAUUCAACGUGACUGUGGAGCUCCCAGGAUGUCUGUCAGGAGUCCGAUACUUCUCCCUCAAACCGGUGGGCUUACAGGACAGUUUGGAGGUGGAACUGGAGUCUCUUUGCUCGUGUGACUGCCCGCAGCCUCCUGAAGCAAACACCAGCCUGUGCACUGAGGGCCAGGGGGCUUUCCAGUGUGGUGUGUGCAUGUGUCAGCCUGGGUUCCUCGGAGCAGAGUGCGAGUGCAAUGAAGAAAGCACUUUGUUGAGCAACUGCCUCGCUAACAAUGUGUCAUCAAUAUGCAGUGGUCAGGGGCAGUGCUACUGCGGACAGUGUGUGUGUCAUGCAUCCAGUUUUGGACGCAUCUACGGACCUUACUGCGAGUGUGACGAUUACUCCUGUGUUCGAUUCCGCGGAGAGCUCUGCGGAGGCCAUGGGAUGUGUGACUGUGGGGAGUGUCACUGUGAACGCGGCUGGACGGGCGAGUACUGCAACUGCAGCAGUAGCACAGAGGCGUGCAUGUCAGAGGAUGGCGCUGUCUGCAGCAGCCGGGGGAGAUGUGAGUGUGACCAGUGUGUCUGCUCCGUACCUGGAGCAUCUGGGGACAGGUGUGAGAAGUGUCCGACAUGUGGAGACGCCUGCAGCUCUGCAAGGACCUGUGUAGAGUGCCAUCUGCAAGAUAAGGAUGAUGCUGAGCUGUGUGAUCAGAAGUGCAGUGUCCCAAAAGUUUUCAUCAACACAACAGCAGAUUUUGACAAGAGUGCUUCUAUGCAAUGCACUCUAAUGACGGAGAACGAGUGCUGGAUCUCGUUCAGUGUGGUGGCAGGUGAGACUGGGAUCACGGCCUACAACCUCCAGAUAUAUGGUUGUCCAGAGCCGCCCAACAUCCCCAUGAUUAUCCUGGGGGUCUCCCUCUCCAUAGUGUGCAUUGGCCUGAUCCUGCUCGGUGUGUGGAAGGUGCUGGUGUCAGUCCAUGACCGCAAAGAGGUGGCCAAGUUUGAGGCUGAGAGGUCCAAGGCUAAGUGGCAGACGGGGACGAACCCUCUGUUCAGAAGCUCAACGUCAACAUUCAAAAAUAUAACUUAUAAGAACACACAGAGAGAAAAGAUUAUUACACUGGCUCCCUACUGAUGGCAAAGUGGAGGUGAACCAUCACCUGAGUGCACUUUGUUGUGUGAGUGAGUGAGAGAGUGUGUGUGUGUGUUUGAAUGAGUGCGAGAGAGAUGGAAAGAGAAUAUUUUGUACAAUUUUUUACAUGAAUCUUUGUACUGAUUCAGAGACUAUACCACAGUAAAUAACACUGUGACAGAAGAACACUACAUGAUGAACCUGCUGCUUUUUAAAGUGCUCUGUCAAUGUACUGUUAAACACUGAACUUCACUGCUGUGUCGUACUUUAACACAGCUUUGUCUACUGUAAGGUGCAGCUUGGGAAAGAGAGGUCUACACUUCCUGUGGUCUACUACUGAAAAAAAAUCUAUGUUUUAUUCUAAUUAAUGUAAAUAUACAGGUGGAUGAUUUUUUUUUAUUUUUGUGUUUGUUGUUAAAUUGUAAAGUAAGGCUGAGCCUUCGAUGUUGAUAGUUGAGUUUUUAAGUGGCAUGGCACAUAAACAAAGUGGAUUUUUGACUCAAAUUGUAAAAUAAUAAUACUUCUUACAUUCAGAGUUGAUUGUGUGUUACAACAGAGUUCUGAAAGAUCCUGAUAUUUAUUGAAUUUAUUGUUCAGAAUUGGCAUUAAAAAGCAGGUUAAAGGUAAGUUUAUUUUGUUUAUAUUUAAAACAGCAAACUCUAUCAAAUAGAAACGUCACUAUCUUCUCACUCAUGGGAAGUAAAGAACAAGUAAUAAAAUGCAUUUGUCCUGAA